AUGACAGGUUGUUUAAAGGCCAUGUCAGCUUUCAUGAAGAAAUUCAAACGGAAGCGCAGAGUGUCCACGGAGCUUCACUCUCGCUGGGGUGAUGUUUCUAUCACCUAUCCCACACAAGGGUCCUGGAACCAGUGGAAUCAACCUCCAGGUUUCGUCGCCACUCCACCCGCCAGGGCAGGCGUACAUUCUGAAGAAAAUCAACAAUAUCUCCCGGCUGGCCCAUUACGCCAGCCGAGUUCUGGUGCCUCGAGCAGACGAUCUGGAAGCAUAGGCACCCGAGGAGAUCAAGAGGAAAACCCUACACCAUUUCCCACUGGAUAUUUCGAUCAAAAUAUUCGACACCGCGUGGGAGAUGCCCACACACCACCAGCUCAUACACCACCGAGUAAAGGACUCGGCCUCGGUGAUCUUAAACGUGGGCCAAAUUGCCGACCCCCGAGUUCCAUUAUCAAUGACGAGUGCACUACCGAUGAGUCUUGCGAUGAAGAAGAAGAAGAGGAAGAGGAAGAACGAGAUACUCUUGGCCCACGGGUUGAAUUAAGCCCCCGAGAAUAUGGCUACAAUAUGGAAGAUGUGUCGCACAUACCACGCGACAAUCCCGAAGACUUUGAUAUCCCAGCCAAGUCUCCUCCGCUCUCUGUGACCUCGCGCAUGCGCCGUUGCAGUCUCCAAAGCUGUGCAACAGAACCCACAGCAUCUAUAUCUGGUGGCACAAACUCGAGACGAACGAGCUUUACUGCUGCCUCCUCUGUCUCCGCCCCUUCUAUGCCACCAUCUACACCUCGCGUUGCGCACAACACCCCAAAGCAACCUCCCUUCCCAGAGAAAAGAUAUCCUCCCCGUUCAAAAAGUCGAGAACCUGAGUCUGCACGUCGACAGGAAAUGGUGCCUUCCUAUGAUGAACUCUAUGGUUGA